CGAGAACGAGGAAGAGGGACCGGGAAGGCGAAAGUGAAGAGAAUCCGCAGUAACUGGAAACGAAACUGACAGGGAGGGGCCGUGUACAUCCAGCGAGUCUAUCCACUCCCGCCUCACACAACAGACCACCUCGGCCGGGCAUGUCAGCUGGCCGCCGUCACUGAGUCAGCCCGGAGAGUCACGGCGGGGCCGUUUGAGCAGCGAGCGGCGGAUCCUGACAGACUGGUGAGCGGCGACCCGGGCAGCAGGAACCCUUGGAAAGCUGAACUAGUUUAUGCAGACUUCAGUAAUCAACGGCCGAGCUGCCAGGUUCGUGACGAGACAAAUUACUCAAAAAUGUUGGAGCCGGAGAAAGAGCUAGUUGCGAAGAUGCUACGAGCGGUCUUGCAGUCCAACAAAAAUGGUGUAGCUCUGCAUCGCUUACAAAGUGAAUAUAAAGCUCUUACUGGAGAAUGGAUUCCUUACAAGGAGAUGGGGUUUCACACGCUUGAGACCUACCUAAAAGCUAUUCCAACUGUUGUAAGGAUGGAUUUCAGCCGAGGUGGUGAGACAACAUGUUAUGCUGUGGUCUCCAAGGAAACUGCCCAGAUUGCAGAGCUUGUGGCACGCCAGAGGAGCUCAAAAAAGAAAUCUGGUGGUCAAGUAAACUGCCACAUGAGAUUGAAAUAUUCCACCCAAGUAACACACAUUGGAAAACCGAAAGCAAUUCUUAGAAAACCCGAUUUUGCACCACAAGAAGACAGAGUUGUCAGAAGACCCAUACCUUUGGUUACGAGAGGAAAGAGUACUUUUUGGAGUGGCCGGCCAUUGCCAGACCCCAUACAGGGUCAGGUAGCACCUGUUUAUGGAUCUGGACUUGUUCGAGAGGUUCAGGUGCAGAGGCAACAAACUGCUACCAACCGGCCUGAAAGGAAAGUAAGUCUUCCACCCCGAUUUCAGAAAGAAGUAAACCAAUAUUCAGUACAUCUCCCUGUCACAGAUUCUAAUGCAAAUGAGACACAACCUGGCAAAGCUCCUCUUCUUGGCAAUUUCCAUCCCAACCUGUCCAUAAUUCAAAGCAAUCUGCGUGAUCUAUUCAGCAAACACAGUAAUGGUAUUCUUUUAUCCAAGCUACCAAAUGUUUACAAGGAGACCUUCAAACACGAUCUUGGAGAUGAAGUGUUAAGUCAAGUUGUUAAUUGGAAUCACAUAUGCACGGUGCAGAAGCUCAUGAGCAAUGGCCACACAGAAAUGAUUUUAUGUUCCCCUACUAAAAAGCCACAAAUGCCUCAAAAGAUCAACCAGCCACGAAACAAUGAUCAGGUCAAACCAAAUCCUACCUUCAGCCAGACUAAACCAGCAUCCCCCCAGAAACAAUCUGCAAACACUGUACCUCAUUAUGAACUGAAGCAGAAAGUUUCUGAACUCUUGACACACUAUUGUAGCGGUCUCUGGUUACAUGCACUCCCCAAAGUUUUUGAGGAUACUUUCAAAAUAAAAUUUCCCUCUGAAUCUCUUAACAUGGAUGUACUUUCUGAAGUCUCCAGUGUGGAUGUUGUUUCGGAAAACCCAUACAAAGCUAUUCUUUACCCAAAGAGCCCUCAAAGCGGGAAUCAGAACCCUGGGGUCACAAAUGAAGGGCAGACGCACGAUAAUGAGAUGUCUCAGAUGGAGCAAUCAGAAGAUAUUUAUAUAGACCUUACCCCUCCACCACUGGUUAUUCCUUCAGAGGAUUCCCCCUCUGUUUUGGUGGUUGAAUUAAAUAACACAGAGGAAGUUGUUAUACGGUAUGUUGGAAAGGACUACUCUGCUGCACAAGAACACAUGGAAGAUGAAAUGAAGGAAUUUUACAACACAAAUGCAACACCUGUAAGGUUGAACUCCUUAAAAGCAGGACAACUUGUGGCUGUUAAAGCAGAAGAGGAGGCAUGGCUGCGUGCACAGAUAAUGUCUGUCGAAGAAAAUAAAAUGAAGGUAUUGUAUGUGGACUAUGGAUUCAAUGAAGUUGUGGAUUGCACGAAAGUUUGUCGUCUGAGAGAAGCAUUUUACGCUCUUCCAUUCCAGGCUGCAAAGUGCAGGCUAGCAGGUUUGGAAGCUUUCUGUGGUGACCCAGUUCUUGUAAAAGCUGUGGAGACAAAAGCCUGUGGUAAAAUUCUUGCUGUUGAGAUUCUUCAGAAGACUGAGAAGCCACUUGUUGUUUUGUAUGACACAUCAGGGGAUGAAGAUAUAAACGUAAAUGCGGCCUGUCUUCGGGAGCUGUACGAUAAUUCUUUGAAUGUUCAUUUGAAGGUGAACACUUCAUAUGCAAAUGUGGUUGUGACCAAUGUUUGUUCUGAUGGUACAUUAUUUUGUCAGGUCCCAUCAAAAGGUCUUACUAAACUUAAGGAGACACUACAUAAAGUGGAAGCUGAGUUUAAUUCCAAGACUGUUACUUCUGAUUUAUUUGUAUCCCUUCCAUUCUGUGGAAAAAUAUGCUUGUUCUACAGCAAAGGGAAAUGGGCACGUGUGGAGAUAACAAGUGUCCACAGUAGUCGAGCACUAGAUGUUCAGUUCCUGGAUUCUGGAACAAUUGCUUCUGUGAAGGUGUCUGAGCUGAGAGAAAUCCCAUCUCAGUUUCUACGAGAAAUAAUCUCAAUACCACCUCAGGCUACAAGGUGCUGCCUUGCUGAUCUUCCACUUAACAUUGGCAUGUGGACACCUGAUGCAGUUUUGUGGCUCCGAAACACUGUUUUAAACUGUUCUGAAUGUAGCAUCAAGGUAGUGAAGAUUGAUGAAUCAAAAAGCAUGGUGUCAGUUUACCUCUUCACAUCAAGGGCCUCUCUUGAUCCUGAGCGUAGCAUCAAUCGCCAAAUCACCAGUGAAGAGUUGUGGAAGCAGCAGAAAAACGUAUUGCCCAGUAGUGCAUCAAAUUUGUUAAAAGGCAGAGGAGAUGCUGGGACACAAGCAGCAGUGUCCCGGAAAGAUCAAAACCAUGUAACAAAGAAACCUGCCAUAGAACAAGUCACCACAGGCACUUCCUUAGAUUUGCCACCACCUCUACCUCUGCCUAGGUCUGGUGAGCACAUUGAUGUCUAUGUGUCUGUGGCCUGCCAUCCUGGACAUUUCGUCUUUCAGCCGUGGCAAGAACUACACAAAUUAGAAGUACUUAUGGAUGAAAUGCUUUUACACUACAGCACUAUAGAAGAGAAGCAGACUGAUUUAGAGAAAAAUAAACUCUAUGCUGCAAAGGUGGAUAACAAAUGGUAUAGGGUUCUUUUAAAAGGGAUCCUUACAAAUGGUCUUGUUUCUCUGUAUGAACUUGACUACGGCCGACAUGAACUUGUUAACUCCAGGCAAGUUCAGCCUCUGAUCGACAAAUUCAGACAGUUACCGUUUCAGGCUGUAACAAGCCAGCUAGCAGCUGCACUGAUGUCUUUGCUGACCCUUGUAACCUGCAACCAGGGGUCAAAUGUGAGCAGUGGUCUGAGGAAGCUGCAAUUGUCUUCAGAAACAAUGUGGAAAAGAAACCUCUUGUGGCCCUUAUACAAGAGAUUCAUGAAAGCACUAACCCAUGGGAUCGGAAGGUUGUGGCCUACGUUGUGGACACCACUUUACCAGACACGGAUGUCUGGAUUCAUGACCUUAUGUCAGAAUACCUUGUUGAGCUUUCCAAAACUGACUAACAUGUUUUCUCUCUAGUCCGCCACAGAUCUUUAAGCAGCAAUAACUGAUAUGCAUAUAGAAAUGUUUUAAGAAGUUAACUUUUUCACUACUGUUCUGAUUUGAUGAAUGUUAAAAAGUUUGAAUAACUAUAUAAAUUUGUUUUCUGUGAAAGAUAUUUAACAGAGUCAUUUUGUUUACAUUGUUUAAAGGAGUUGGUUUUUUGAAAAUUUGCACAUUGUUUAAUAAUUUAGCUGUAUAAAGUUGAAAUAUAAGGCAGAUUGUAACAUUUAUUUAACAAUAAAAAGCCAAAGUGCUAUAA